CUUUGGAGAGAAAUCCAGACGAGAGUUUGGAUGCUAUUGAUGUGAUAUCAGAGAGUGUGCUGGGAAACUCCACUUCUACAGGAAUCCUUCAUGAUCUUCUUGCUGCUGGGAAACAGUCAGCUGUUACACAAGUCCUAAGGUCCUCAGUGGUGACUUUAAAUAAAGAUGUUAAAACGACUCCAGGAGAUUCACACAGACAAAAACAGCGUACAGAGAUCCGUGGUGCACUUGUGGCAGUGCUAGUCAACUCGUCAACAGGUCCCCCAGAGAGUAUCAACAUUAAUGCCAUUACCAGUGUUCUUAACACAGCCACGGAGGUUCAGGAGGAACUGUCAGAAGAAACUCAGGACAAAGCAUUAGCAUUAUAUGAUGGAAUGACUACAGCUUUCUCAACCCAAUCAGCGAAUGUCACACAGAGUGCAGCUGAAGCCACAGCAGGGCUACUGUUGGAAGGAAUAACUAUGUUACUGGACACCAAGACCAAGUCAGGGUAUGAGGCAUUACACUCGAGACCAGCAAAUGACACACUAGAAAGACAGAUAAAAAGUUCAGCGGAGAAGCUGCUUGGGACUGUGGAUACAAUCACUGAUGUUAUGAUGGAGUUUAUCCAGCCGGAUACCAAACCCUCUGUGUUUACCACCAGUAAAAUGAACAUAGCUCUAUCUAAGGCUUCCCCCUCACAGCUAGCAAGGAAAAAAUUGACCUUAAACAGGGGGAAUGACUCUGGGGAUUUCACAAUUCCAGCAGAUAGCAAGUUGUCUUCCUUGUUGAGUAAUACAUCGUAUGCAAGCAUUCAGGUAAUGCUAACUGAUAAGAAUCCCUUCAUUUGGGACCUUUCAUCAGAUAAGCUGACCACACCCAUGGUGUCCCUGACUCUGAGAAAUGACCAGCAACAAAUCAUAAAUGUUACAGAUCUAAAGGAUCCAGUACAAAUACUCAUUUCCAAUGCCAAUCCUACUGUAGAAAAAUCUGAAGAGAAUUUUACCAUCAAUGCAGCAAGUUUUGAUAGUUUUAACAGCACACAGGAUGAUCUUUGUCGGGUUUUGAAUUUAAAUGUCAUGAAAGGAAGAUCUAACAUCUUGACCAUACAACCUCUGACAUUUAACCUUACAAUCAGUGCUAUGGAAAUACAGAAUGGUACUAAUGUGAGUCAUUAUGACAUCACAUCCUCUGGAAUUUCCUUGAAUAAAUAUAACAACUUUACUCACAUCUUUACUUCCUUACCAUCAGGAGUCGUAUCAAUUGGUUUCUGUAUUGAUCAAACAAUGGAUAACUAUAAGGAGUUAAACAAAGGGUGUUUAUCCUUGACAUCAUGUGUAUUGACCUUGACCCUGGAAAUCCAGGGUUACUCUGCUGUGUGUAUGUACUGGAAUGUUUCUGGAGAUGCUUGGUCUUCAAAUGGAUGCCAGGUAGGAAGACGGACAACUCCUGAGACAAUACAAUGUGAGUGUAAUCACCUUACAGCUUUCUCGGGAAGUUUCUUUGUGGCGCCUAACUUUGUGGACCCUUUCAGAGAUGUGGCCUUAUUUCUGACGUUUUUCUCGAACCCAGUGGUGGUGUCAACUGUCCUCAUAAUCUGGCUGAUUUACUUUACACUUUUGACCUGGGCCACUAAACAAGACAGGAGGGACAUGUUCAGGGGAGGAGUAAUCAUGGCCCAUGAGAAUGACCAAGACAACAAAUAUGCCUACCUGGUUUGUGUAAUCACUGGUUGGUGGAAGGAUGCUGGAACAACGGCUAACGUCAGCCUGUCGUUCACUGGGACGCGGGGCCACAGUGCCAGACACUGCCUGAGUGAGUCUGUUCCUGGGAGACAGUGCUUUAUGUCGGGGUCUGAGGACUGGUUUUUGAUUACCACUAGUCACAGUUUAGGGGACAUCAAGAGUCUGUCUGUCUGGCAUGACAAUUCUGGAAAAUCUCCUGCAUGGUACUUAUCAAGGAUACUUAUUGAGGACUUACAGAGCCACAAGACAUGGACCUUUCUCUACAGUGAUUGGAUUUCUGUGGAUAGAGGAUCUGUCUCCCUCAAAAUCACUCUGCAGUCCUGCUCUGAUGAGGAGCUUAUGUCUCACAAGAACCAGCAGUUCUUCUUUAAGUCCAGUCGAGAUCUCCGAGACUCUCACCUCUGGCUUAGUAUUGCUUCCAAGCCUUCCUACAGCACAUUCACUCGAGUCCAGCGACUGUCCUGUGCCCUCUGUCUACUUCUGAUGACCAUGUUGACUAGUCUCAUGUUUCAUGGAAUUCCAACAGAUGACCCUGCAGAUCAGGCUAAGGUGGGAUACCUAACCAUAUCACUAUCUGACCUGGCUAUUGGGGUCCAGAGUGGGCUGAUCAUGUUCCCCGUAAAUAUCCUCAUCAUUCAGCUGUUUCUAAAAUCUAAAAGGAAACCAAGGGGAGGAACUCAAGUCAAGAAGAAACCACAGAGAGAGGAGAAGUACUCGGUAGUCAGUGUUGGAACUGAUGACGGAGAUCAGGCUACUGAGAAAGAGAUGGAACCCGCCAAAGAAGAUGGCAUUUUGCCAUGGUGGACUGUGUACAUUGCCUGGACACUGGUCAUCACUCUGUCAGUUGUCUCCUCUUACUUUGUAAUGUUGUAUGGCCUUAAAUUUGGCUAUCGGAAGAGUGUUGAAUGGCUUGUGUCAUUCUUUACUGCUUUCUUCCAAAGUGCCUUUGUCACCCAGCCCCUCAAAGUCAUUGCUAUAUCCCUUAUAUUCACGAUGAUUCUGAAAAAACCUGUGGAGAUCCAAGGAGGAAAGGCCAGUACAGAGGAGAAAAAGGAGCAGUAUGGGGACUCAGACAGGAGACAGGGUUACUACGUCCCUGAUCCACUGUCCCAGCGACUGAUGAAUCGAAUCCGCAAACAGCUGAAGCUGGAGGAGGCCACUCAGGCCACACUCAGGGACAUCAUGCUUUAUCUGACAUUUAUUAUAUGUGUCAUCUUUAUGGCUCAUGGACAUAAAUCUGUCCGUGAUUCAUACAGGGUGCAUGAAUUUCUAGAGAAUACAUUUGUACAACCCAGACAUCCUCCUAUAUACAUUGAUGGCUCAGGCUAUUCCACGGACAUUCUAGAACUUGGAAAUGUGGCCAAUGUAGAAUUAUUUUGGUCCUACAUUCAGGAGCGCAUUGUGCCAGUCCUUGGUGAAAUGUCCCUGGGAAAUUCGACAGUAGCCAGUUCCGUCAGUGAAUACUUCCUGUUGGGAUGGUAUAGACUGAGACAAGUCCGCAUCAAACAAGACACCUGUGCCUUCCCAGAUGUUCUGAGAAAAAGUUUUUCCAUUGCUAUGGAUUGUACAGGGGAAUAUUGGGUAGGGGAUGAAGACACUGGAGACUAUAACAUGACAUGGAGGAAGCCGCUCCCCACCAAAGUCAAGUCGAUCCCUGACACAUGGAGUCACCGGUCCUCCUGGAAGCUGAAGACCAUACCGUAUGAGGGGAGGUUAGCAACAUACAGUGGAGGAGGAUAUACCGUGGUUCUAGCUGGGAACAUAACCAGAUCUAUGUCAGUGAUACAAGACCUGCAAAACUCAGACUGGAUAGAUCAUAGAACCAGAGCUGUGUUUAUCGAGUUCACAACUUACAAUGCUAAUGUUAACUUAUUUAGUGUUAUCAUGAUUCUUUUUGAAUUCUCCAAUAUUGGAGCCAUUUUUCCAAGUUACCAGAUCUUCACCACAAAACUCUAUGGCUAUGAUAAUGGUCUGGAAAUAUUUACUGCUGUCUGUGAAGUAUUUUUUGUCAUUUUUACUCUGACAUUUUCAUAUAUAGAAAUCAGAAAGCUGUACUAUGAAGGUAAGACACAGUACUUUAGUGAUCCAUGGAGCUUUGUGGAAAUCAUUCAGAUUAUUUUGUCCUUCAGUGUGAUUGGCCUGUUCUUCCAGCGGUUCGUCUCGGUAUCUAAUACACUUUCAGACUACCUCUCCAGUACAGAGUUUGUCAGCUUCUACACAGCCGUUUCCUGGGAUAUGAUACUGAAUUACGUCAUGGCUUUCCUUGUGGGAUUGGUGAUUCUAAAAUUUUUCAAAUUUUUGAAAUUUAAUGCAAGAAUGUAUCUACUUUCACAGACCCUUUCUAUAGCCAAACCAAACUUGAUUGGUUUUAGCAUAAUAGUCUUUGUAGUGGUAGCAGGAUUUGGACACUUUUCAGUGUUGACCUUUGGACCUUUUAUUGAGGGGUUUAUGGACAUGGGCAAGACUCUCGUUACCCUGUUCAGACUAGCCCUUGGAGAAUCGGAUUUUCCUUCACUUUAUCAAGCGCACAGAUAUCUGGGACCAGUCUUUUUCUUCCUGUACAUAUUUCUGGUACAGUGGACUGUGUUAGUGGUGUUCAUUGCUAUUCUGAACUUUGCCAUUGAGGAGGCAAAGAGAAAUAUUGCUGAAAUGAGGAACAAGUUGGAAGUUGUGAACUAUAUUUAUAAUAAGAUGUAUCAGUUAUUGCCGAGAUGCUCUUGAAUGGGUUACUUCUUUUCAUUACAUAUUCUGUUAUGGAAUUUGUUAUAGCAACAGAGGUGCUAAAUUGAUUGUUGUUUGUGAAUUAAAG